AAGAUAAGGCAGAAAGGAAACGCUUGAGGCGGCCAACCAAUCAUGAGAUGCACCACCCCUACAGGAAACCACUUGCAGAGUUUGAAGACUUUAGUCCCACUUUGCAGACUUCAGGGAAGACCCGACUUUUCUGUUUGACUUAAUUUUGGCUUUGAUAUUCCGCGUCCUGCAACAAUCUUCAAUCCAAUCAUUUAAACAUUACUGUACUUUUACCAAAAACUCAUCGUGCAAUUGGAAUAUACAUCCCCCGUUACAAGCUAGGCAGGGCAAAAAGUAUGCCAUACUGUGCUCGCCUGCCAUCGGCAUGUAUGCUCCAUCCGUGAAGAAGAAGAAGUCGACCGCGCAGAGCUCCAAGCCGAGCGCCAGGAUGUGUUUCCUUGACCAGAGAGAAGAUGUAACCAUGUCAUCUCUUCAAAUGAGUUGGCCGGUGCCCAUGCGAGCCAUUGGAGCGCAGAAUCUCCUCACCAUGCCUGGAGGAGUUGCCAUUGCAGGGUACCUCCACAAGAAGGGCGGCAGCCAGUUUAGCCUUUUGAGAUGGCCACUGAGGUACAUUAUCAUCCACAAAGGUUGUGUGUACUAUUUCAGGAGUAGUACUUCCCCUGCACCACAGGGGGCGUUUUCUCUGAAUGGGUACAACAGAGUGAUGAGAGCAGCAGAGGAGACAACAUCCAACAAUGUUUUCCCAUUCAAGAUCAUCCACAUCAGCAAGAAACACAGGACGUGGCUUUUCUCCGCAGCGAGCGAAGAUGAGAGAAGGAGUUGGAUGCGAUCCCUGCGGUGCGAGAUAAGUCGUUACAACGACAGACAAGAGUCCCAUGUUCCAAGCGACUCAGAUUCCGACGCAGACAGUUUCUACGGGACGAUAGAGAGGCCCUUGGAGGUUAAAGACCCAAUCAAUAAUGCAGAGAACGAUUUUUGUGAUGAUGACGACGAUGAAGACGACGAGGACUAUGUGAAGCCGGACAGUGAGUGUUUGCCGACAUGCUCAGGCCGACCCACUGGACCGCCACCUUCCUACCCGCCUCCCCCCGUCCCCCAGCACCAUCAAGGUGUGUGUCCAAGCAUCCGUAAAGGCAGGCCCCCUCCAGUCCCUUCACACAGCAGAAUCCCAUCAAGACAAAAAAACCUUCCCUUGAAACCCCCUCCCAUUCUUAAGGAUACAAACAAAGGUCCGCCACCUCCUCCCCCCUUCAUCCGACAACUGCACAAGCCAUUCUCUGAUAUCCCGCCCCCCCUCCCUCCCCCCAACACACAGCAGCGACCUCUUAGAAGCCCAGCACAGUCAGCGGUCCAGACUGAGACUAAUAGAAGCGGCUGGAGGUCUCUACCUCUCCCGUCCACAACCACCCUGCCCAUCUGUGAGCGGCUACAGACCAGGAUGGUCCUCGAUGGUGCAGACCACUGCUCUCCUAAUAUUGGGUCCAACCGCUCUCUUAGCGACAACCACCUGGGAGCACCUGGGAGCAACCUUCGCAGCAAACCAAGCCUAUCUGGAACAAACGCUACACUUUCUGAAGGCCGAGCGGCCAAACCUAACAAACCAAACCCUCAGGCGUCUUCCAGUCACCCACCGCUGCCCUCAUGUAACCCCCCUCAUCUUCCCACUGGACUGAGUAGGCCUAAAGCAGUCAAGCCUCCGCUGCCGGGCACCAGACCAAGACUGUCGGGCGCCCCCCUUCAAAGAACAGCUCCAGAAGGUCAAAGCUUCCGUUCAUCCAGAGAUGAGACAGAUGUGGCAAUCAAGAAGAAACAAGACUUGACCAAAUGCAAAGAAGGAGACGUUUCGGACGGGGAUUAUGAUAAUAUGCUUCUGCCAGACUCUGUGUACAUUGACACAACGGAAACAAGCAUUGUCGAGAAGUUAUUUAAGGAGUGCUCCAACCUUCCACAAGAUGGCCUUUAUGGAAUCAGAAACUCAGGAACCAAAGCCUCAAAGGUGCUGGUGGUCUGGGACGUGGCCAUCAGCAAAGCCAGAAACUACCGACUGUUUGAAGAGGGUGAGCGGGUGUAUCUGGACUCAGAGGUGACCUUUCCCAGUCUGUCCUCCAUGGUGGAACACUACUACAACCAUCCUCUGCCUCACCAUGGCUCCCUUUGCCUGCAGAGACCAUACUCCUGAACACUAAGGACGGCCCAUACCACAAAUGUUGGUACUGAUUGCAGGCCUCCUAGAGACAGGGCCGGUAUCGCCAAUACCAAAUACUUGAAAACCUCUCCAUUUGAUUUGCCUUUCAUGUUUUUAAUCAUGAAUAUAAUGAGAAUAAGAAAGAGGGCAAAGAUUUUAGGCCCACAAUUAUUGAUGAAAUAUGUAAAUAAUUUGUUUAGCGAUAUGUAAAUACACUAUAAGACAAUGUAAUAUAACAAAUAUUAUUUGUAUUUUAAAUGUAUGUAUAUAUUAAAACAUUUACAUAGAUUAUUUAUUUAUAAUUUG